AUGAUUGCUUGGUGGGCUGGUGUCUGGACAACCCAAAAAAAGACAGGCUCACCGGAAAGUAAAUUUGUGCUCAAGAAAGCCUUGCAGAAGAAGAAAAAGGGGAAAAAAGGGGGGUCCUUUGAGGCUUUCUUUGCGGACGAAAAUAAUAUCAAUACGAGCUGGAGCUGGCUCGUGGGUGCCAUGUGGCAGGAAGGAAUGUCCUUCCAACCCCGGCAAAGCUCAAAAUGUCUCAAUUUCGUCAUGAUAAUUAUUCGGUCAACCGCUCGGGUGCUUGCAAAAGAGAAGAAAGGGUCAAGGGGAUCGAAAAACGAGUGGACGAAAACGACCGGCAAUGCAGGAAUGUGGCUGCCGGAAUUUAAGAUUCGAGACAUGCGAGCUUCAGGCCAGCGCGCUUCAAUUGGCGGGGAGAAGCGAGAGUCCUUUAUGCCACCUUAA